UUCAAUAUCUGAAUUAUCAACUACUAGUAGUAGUAUAUAUCUAGAGAAGCUUCACUUGUGGUGUUUCUUUGAUGGAGGAGCCAAAUGGAUUUGCAGAAGUAGCAACAAUAAAUGACAUGGAGCUGGAGGGACAACACAAUAAUGAAGAAGAAAGAGAGUCGACAGAGAGCAAUUACUUGAGGAACCGAACACUAUCCUCCACUUCAGUAGCCAUAGUGGGAGCUAAGGUCUCCCACAUCGAAAGUUUGGAUUAUGAGAUCAACGAGAAUGAUCUCUUCAAGCAUGAUUGGAGAAAAAGAUCCAGACUUCAAACAUUACAGUAUGUCUUCAUCAAAUGGACACUCGCAUUUCUGGUCGGCCUUUUUACCGGAGGUGUGGCCACCCUCAUCAGUCUCUCAAUCGAAAAUAUCUCUGGUUACAAACUCCGCGCUACUGUCAACUAUAUUGAUGACAAAAGGUACUUUAUGGGAUUUGCAUUCUUUGCGGGUGCUAACUUUCUGUUGACAUUGGUAGCUGCCUUUAUCACUGUUUAUUUUGCACCUACGGCUGCCGGGCCUGGAGUUCCAGAAAUCAAAGCCUAUCUCAAUGGUGUAGACACUCCCAAUAUGUUCGGGGCAACUACACUCUUUGUUAAGAUCAUUGGAAGCAUUGGUGCAGUUUCAGCUGGGUUAGAUCUUGGGAAAGAAGAGCCACUGAUUCACAUUGGCAGUUGCAUUGCUUCUUUAUUAGGUCAAGGUGGGUCAGACAGUUACAAACUUAGUUGGCAUUGGCUCCGUUACUUCAACAAUGAUAGGGACAAGCGAGAUCUCAUCACAUAUGGCUCAUCAUCAGGUGUUUGUGCUGCUUUCCGUGCUCCAGUAGCUGGUGUUCUAUUCGCGUUAGAGGAAGUGGCAACAUGGUGGAGAAGCGCCCUCAUUUGGAGAACUUUCUUUAGCACUGCUGUUGUUCUGGUAGUACUAAGGAUCUUCAUGGAUUACUGCAAAUCUGGUAGCUGUGGACUUUUUGGAAGAGGGGGAAUUAUUAUGUUCGAUGUGAGUGACGUAAUUGUGAGGUACCAUUUUGUGGACAUCAUCCCUGUUGUAAUUAUUGGAGUCAUUGGUGGUCUCCUUGGGAGCCUCUACAAUCAUGUCCUCCACAAGGUCCUCAGGCUCUAUAAUCUCGUUAACGAGAAGGGAAAAUUACAUAAGCUGCUUCUUGCUCUAAGUGUUUCCCUCUUCACCUCCAUUUGCAUAUAUGGACUUCCUUUUCUUGCCAAAUGCAAGCCUUGUGAUUCAUCUCUAUCAGAUUCUUGUCCUGGCACUGGAGAAACAGGAAACUUCAAACAAUUCAACUGCCCAAAUGAUUAUUACAAUGAUCUGGCCACUCUUCUCCUUGCAACAAAGGAGGACGCUAUCAGAAACAUUUUCUCUCUGAACACUGGCACUGAAUUUCAAGUCAUAUCACUUCUUAUAUUCUUUUUGUUGUAUUGCAUCUUGGGAGUUAUUACUUUUGGGAUUGCUGUGCCAUCUGGUCUCUAUAUCCCAAUCAUCCUCAUGGGUUCAGGUUAUGGUCGCUUGCUUGGCAUUGCCAUGAGACCUUAUACAAAAAUUGAUCAGGAUUUGUUUGCUGUUCUUGGAGCAGCUUCCCUUAUGGCUGGUUCAAUGAGAAUGACAGUUACUGUUUGUGUCAUAUUUCUUGAGCUGACAAACAAUCUACUUCUUCUGCCGAUAACAAUGCUUGUCCUUCUAAUUGCUAAAAGUGUGGCAGACUGCUUCAACCCAAGUAUCUAUGAAAUAAUUUUGGAACUAAAAGGUCUACCUUUCUUGGAAGCACAUCCUGAGGCAUGGAUGAGGAAUAUCACAGUUGGUGAGCUUGCUGAUGUAAAGCCACCAGUAGUUACACUUGAGGGAAUUGAGAAAGUGAGACGAAUCGUAGAGGUUCUAAAAUACACCACACACAAUGGAUUCCCUGUUGUAGAUGGAAUGAUACCCGAGUUACAUGGACUUGUCUUAAGAACUCACCUUCUUUUGGUGCUCAAGAAGAAGUGGUUCUUGAAUGAGAGAAGGAGAACAGAAGAUUGGGAAGUAGAGGAGAAAUUCACAUGGAUUGAUCUAGCAGAAAGGUGGGGUAAAAUUGAAGACAUUGCAGUUACAAAGGAUGAAAUGGAAAUGUAUGUUGAUUUGCAUCCUUUGAUCAACACAACCCCUCAUACAGUGGUGGAAAGCCUGUCAGUAGCAAAGGCAAUGGUGGCUUUCAGGCAAGUCGGGCUUCGACACAUGAUCAUCGUGCCCAAAUACCAAGCAGCAGGGGUAUUUCCAGUGGUCGGAAUCUUGACCAGACAAGACCUAAGGGCCUGCAACAUUUUGAAUGUCUUCCCCCAUCUGGCAAAGUCUAAGAGUAUCAAAAAGGGGAACUAAACUUUUCAAUUGAGAAAAUAUGCUUGUCAUUCUUUUAUAGAUUUCCUUUCAAUCGUC